AUGUCCCUUAAUUCACAAUUCCCGAAAUAAGUACCUUUUCUACCAGGACAUGUUUUUUCUGAUCCAUUUAAAGAAAACCAUCACAAAACUUAAUAGUUUUCAUAUGUCAAUGGAACAGUUUAAGAGAAGACUAACUAUGUACAUGAAGAGUUUGAUCCAAAUCUCAUAGACUCUAUGAAAUUCAAUGCUCCUCCUAAUUUAACUUAUGGAAGAAGAUAACCACCAGAAAAUGAUUAUAUUCCACGUAUCUAACCACCAUGGUUAAAAUAUGACAGAGCUGUAUUACGCUUUUAUGGUUACUUUUAAGAAUCUGUUGUAGAGAAUCCUAAUGAAAAUUAUAGAAUUAGAAAGGUUAUAAUCUAUUAUUAUCUUUCCGAUGGCACAAUUCAUGUUACAGAAGUAAAUAUUUUCAUAUAUUAUUAUUAUUAUAGCCUCGUAUACCUAAUGCUGGAAUACCUUAAGGUUUAUUUAUUAAAAGAUAAAAAAUCCCAAAAAAACUUGGUAAAUAAGACUUUUUUUAAUGGGAAGAUUUUCAAUUAUGUUCAAAUAUCAAUUUUUAUGAAAGAGUAAUUCAAAUUUUUAUUCAUUAUUAGGUUUUUAGAAUAUAGGAUUGUGAUUCUUAUACAAGAGAAUUCUAUGAAUAUAUGGGAAAACCUUUAAGUUUACCAGAAUAAUUUCCUAAAGACAAUUUUGAAAGUUUAAGAGAAACUAAAGAUCUAAAAAUCAAUCCACCUGAUACUAAAGAAUAUAAAGAGUAUUUUGAAGUCAAAUUAGGUGGUGGACAUCCUAAUGGUGGUCUUAAUAAAUAUUUAUAAAAUGAUAGAAAAGUGUUAUCUUUUGAUAUUAUUUGGGAUGAUUCAUCAAUUGAAGGAUAAUUAAAUUAUUACACUCUUAAUUACUAUUUAGCUGAUGAUACUUGUGAAGUUAAAGAAGUUAGGAAAUAAAAUUCAGGAAAAGAUCCUUAUCCUUUAAUGUUGAGAAGAUAAAAAAUUCCUAAAUAACCAAUUUUAACUCAUUAUCCAGGCAUGACUUUAAAAAAAGAAGAAUUUUAUAAUCCUUAAGAUUUAAUUUGUGGAAAUACUGUUAAAAUAUAUGGAAGAGAAUGUUUUAUAUAUGGAUGCGAUGAUUUUACUAAAGAUUACUAUCUAAAUGUUUUAGGAAUCUAAUAAAAGUAAUUCAAUAUGUAUAAAUAAUAGACCUGCAAUUCUUAAAUAAGAAAGAGGAAAGAAAUUCUAUCAUCCUGUUCCUCCAUAUAAUGGAUAUGGAUAUGAAGAAGAUUCUUUAGGAUCUGUAUAUUCAUUAUAACCUAAACCACCUAAAAAAGAUGUUAGAAAAAAUUUUACUUAAGAUUAAUUUAUAUUAAGAUUUGAAGCCAGAUAAAUUAGUGAAGUUAGAGAAGAAAAUUCUAGAAGAUUUAUCAUUUCUUUUUAUUGCGGUGAUGAUACAAUUUAAGUUUAUUAAACUUCAGAAAGAAAUAGUGGAAUUUGGGUAUUUUAUUUUUAUUAUUUCUAAGGGUGGUAAAUUCUUAGAAAGAUCUAGAUAAAAAAAUCCUUUGACUAAUGAUUAUUAUACUGAAAAAGUAAAUUAUUUUCAUAAUAAUUUAGGAUUUCUAAUUAGGAGCUGUUGUUUAAUUUAAUGUUUAUAAAUUUUAAUUAAUCAGAGGAGAUGAAUUUACUAUUAAUUAUAUGAAAUAAAAACCUGAUGUUUUCAAAGAAGCAGAUAUUUCUUAAAUCAUUGCAAAACUAAGACUUUUUGCAGAAAACUAUCCUAAUUUUGAUAGUUUCUUACUUGAUCUUAUGAAGUACCAAUUUUGAAUUUAACAAUUAGGAAAUUGGAUAAGCAAUUAAAAGGUUAUUUAGAAUUUGAUGAAUUAAGUUAAGGAUUAUAAGAAUUAGGAUUUAAUCUAACUUUAUAAGAAUAAUACAUAUUAAUGAGAGAAUAUGAUGUAAAUGGAGAUUGGAAAUUAUGUAUGAAAUCACUAUGGGAAGGAUUAGGAGGAAAAAGAAAUGAAUGA